CAACGUCCCGACCCCCAUCCUCCCCGCUGUUCACCCUGGACCAUCCAUCCGAUCGCGUCUCCCUUGUUCGCCUCCAGCGCCUCUACUCAACUUUAGUCCACGCCUACUCUUCACCAGGGACAAAUCCGCACCGUCCCCCGAACCAUCUCCACAGCGUCUCCUCGCUACCUCCGGAUAACAAAAACUUCACUGUCACGAGAGCGAUGAAGCCACCACAGGCCUUAACAACGACCUAUGCCACUCGCAUAGCCACGUUUUCCACCGCCCUGAUAACACCCGCCGGCCUCAAUCCGUCCUCCGGUGCUCCUGGCGCGACGCCCGUCGGCGAGCGCAGCUCUGGGAGGACAAAGCGUGGAACAACUGUCGUUAACUAUGCCGAGGUGGACGGCGACGAUGAUUUGGAGGUUGAUGGCGAGAGCAGUGUGGGCCAGCGGGGGCCUAAUACAUUGAUUGUCGGCGGUGGACCCCCACAGAACGGGCUCGGGACUAACAUUAUGGGAAAUGUUGUCGAAGCCAUCAGACGGCCAGUACAGGUUCCGGGCCGACCCGCACAGCCCAGAACCAGCCAAGGCGUAUAUAGGUACAUUCAGAGUCGCUCUCCGACACUGUCCACUUGCGCUAACUAUUGCUUUUUCUUCUUUUUUCUUUCCUUUCGAAAGGACCGAGCAUCAACUACUGGCUGCAUCCAAUUUACCGUCGAUACUGAUUCCAAUUCGCUUGGACUUUGACCUCGAUCCCCCCUCUCGUGGUCGAAUUCACGAUAGCUUCCUUUGGAAUCUCAAUGAGACAUUGAUCACCCCAGACAAUUUCGCCAUCACGACAUGUGUAGAUCUUGAUCUGCCGUUGCAGCCAUAUGCGUCAAUGAUUUCCGCCGCCAUCCGCGAUCAAAUAUCGGAAUAUGCGCCGGUAGCAGCAAUUCCCAUAUCUGAGGAAUCCGGGGAAAUGCGAGUGGUUUGCAACCUCAAUGUGAACCUAGGGGAGCGCGUCUACACCGAUAGGUUCGAAUGGGAUCUAACAGGCGGCCUUUCUCCAGAAUACUUUGCGAAAUCCGUUGCUGCUGACCUUGGGCUUACGGGUGAAUUCAUUCCAGCGAUUGCGCACGCAAUCUACGAAUUCUGCCUGCAGAAGAAGAAGGACCUCUGUGAGACGGGCAUCACUCCUGAACUGGAGAAUGACGCGCAUCGGCCAGAGACGGAAGCUGGCUGGCGUGUGGACCUGGAGUCCUUGGGCGCCGAAUGGGAGUCCAAGGUUGAAACGCUUACUCGUGAGGAGAUCGACAAACGGGAGGGAGACCGCGAGAGGGAAAUUCGUAGAUUGCGUCGUGAUACGGCCCGACUAGGGGGGGCGCCAGGUGGUGUCAUAAUGCCUUCACAUUGGGGACCCGGCGCAUCGAACGAUAUGGGCGGAGAAGAGCAAAUGGGUCGUGGAAGCCGAGUGAAGCGGAAACGUCAACGCAGCUUUUCACCGCCGGCCCGUGGAACCCCGACCCGCACCCCUUCAAAUCAGCAAGGGAACGGUAUCAAUGGGUCUGGCGGCAUUCUCAACGGAGGCCUCACGGAAUGGGAGAAACAGAAUUGGAGGUGCAGUUGGUGUUUUAUCCCCGGGACUGGUACUUGGGGUGUUAGAGAGGGUCCUGAUGGCCCAAAGGUAGGUAUACAUAUGCAACAUAUAUAUUCCACUCUCGAUUUCGACCGCUGUGCUAAUUUUCUUCACAGACAUUAUGCCACAACUGUGGCCAAGCAUGGAUGGAAACUGGGGUAUUACCGGAAUGGGCCAAGGGGCUACACAUGCGUCAAUAGCUGCUUUCUGUUUUCUCUGACUACAAACAUAUUUUAUGCUAAUACUGGUAGAGUCCGCGGUGUUUCCCCAUUCUUGGUUGUUUUUCAUAUUGCUGUAAACUAGGGUUUCUCUUUUCUUAUUUUUCACUUUUUCUAUCCCCUUUCGGGCAACCGAGUUUAUUGGAUUAGAUGGACUUGUUCUUACGGCGGCAUGGCCUGUGGCGUGGCAGAGCGAGGGUUGGUUGAUGGGACGGCAUUGAUCCUGUUACUUUUUGUACUAUGUUUGUGAUGAAAAAGACUUUUUCCUUAUUUCAUUCAUCCAUCUAUUCAGCCAUUUAUUUAUUCUAAUUCAAGGCGUUACUUGU